AUGAAAGAACAGAACGUGCACUUCCGACACAUUUUAUUGUAUUACUUCCGAAAAGGCAAGAACGCAUCGCAAGCACAAAAGAAGUUAUGUGCCGUAUAUGAAGAUGAAGCCUUAAAAGAAAGGCAGUUUCGAAAUUGGUUUGAAAGAUUUCGUUCCGGNACAAAAGAGAAACACUGGACAGUGGCACUCUCCGACAUACCCGACUGGCCAAGAAUCGAAGCCGUUGCUGAGUUCAGACUACGUACCGGACACGAUUGCUUGGCAAAACACCUUCACAGAUUUGGAGUAUAUACUCAACCCACAUGCCCUCUAUGUAACCUACAGGAGGCAAUGGAGAAGGCCCACCUGAUUCGGUGUCCAGCCCUAAAGACUAGGACGGAAAGCCAAAGAUACUGGGAAGCAAGAAGACAGUUAAUGAAUUGCUAUUAA